AUGAGCCAGGCUCAGCUCGAGGCCUUGGGGCGUUUCCGUGGUGAUUUCUGCAGACCUUCCCACACUGAACGACAGCUCGCACGUACUCGCCAUCCUCUCCGCAAGCCCCUCCGUUUGCUUCUGAUACGGUAUCUAAAGGAAUUUAGGACAGAGCAGUGCCCCCUAUUUUUGCAGCACAAGUGUACCCAGCACAGACCAUUUACCUGUUUUCAUUGGCAUUUCCUAAAUCAGCGUCGUCGUAGACCUAUACGAAGGCAUGAUGGGACUUUUAACUACAGUCCAGAUGUUUAUUGUACAAAAUAUGAUGAGACUACAGGAAUCUGCCCAGAUGGAGAUGAUUGUCCUUACCUGCAUCGAACAACAGGGGAUACAGAAAGGAAGUAUCAUCUGAGAUAUUACAAGACUGGAACAUGCAUUCAUGAAACAGAUGCCCGGGGUCAUUGUGUGAAGAAUGGAAUUCACUGUGCCUUUGCUCAUGGUCCACAUGACCUUAGACCACCAGUAUAUGAUAUAAGAGAACUUCAGGCACAGGAAACCUUACAGAAUGGGCAGCUAGGAUGUGGUGAAGGCAUUCCAGAUCUGCAGCCAGGAAUUUUAGCAAGCCAGGCAAUGAUUGAGAAGAUCCUUAGUGAAGAUCCAAGAUGGCAGGACACAAAUUUUGUAUUAGCCGGCUACAAGACAGAACAAUGUACCAAGCCACCCAGACUCUGCCGCCAGGGUUAUGCAUGUCCACACUAUCACAAUAGUCGAGAUAGAAGACGAAAUCCCAGAAAAUUCAAAUACAGGUCCACUCCUUGCCCCAGUGUAAAACACGCAGAUGAAUGGGGUGAACCAUCAAGGUGUGAAAGUGGGGAUAGCUGUCGAUACUGUCAUUCUCGUACAGAGCAGCAGUUUCAUCCUGAGAUAUAUAAAUCUACAAAGUGCAAUGACAUGCACCAAACGGGUUUCUGCCCACGUGGUCCAUUUUGUGCGUUUGCACAUGCUGAAAGGAUUCCUUCAACAGAGGACACCAUGAAUGUAGUCAUACUGCAAACUGGUUGUCAGUCAAAGCCAGGCGCUCACCUGUUUCCAACAGACAGCAUAGGAAUUGCAAAUGAAUGGAGCAGCAGUCUUAACUCCACAAACAGCAUUACAAAUAGCAGUGUGCAAUCUGGAAAU